GAGCGUCUGCCGAAAAGUGACGUCAUUUAAUGGCGGAUACAGCAUUACUUUCACAAAAUUUUUGGUGUUGUUUCGAAUUUCCGUUAAUCUUGUGAAUAAGUUGAUCUUUUAGAAGCGUCAAAAUGAUAAUUACAUUAAAGACAUUACAGCAGCAAACAUUUAAGAUAGAAAUUGGAGAGGACGAGCCGGUAAAAGUACUGAAAGAAAAAAUAGAAAAAGAAAAGGGAAGUGAAACAUUCCCAGCUGCUGGACAGAAACUUAUAUAUGCAGGAAAAAUUCUUGAUGAUGAGAAACCAGUCGGCACAUACAAGAUUGAAGAAAAGAACUUUGUUGUUGUUAUGGUAACAAAGCCCAAGCCUGCUGCAGUGUCUACACCUACUCCAGCAGCGGGGGCAACAUCAACGCCACCUGCAACAGAAACUGCACCCACCCCAACACAGACAGCACAGGUCACACCGGCCCCAGCAAAAGAUGAACCGAAGACUGAAGAACCGAAGUCAGAACCCCCUUCAAAUACUACAAGCACGACAGACACAACAGCAUCAGAAUCUUCAUCAGCAACAACAACAACAACGGCCUCAGAAGUAUCACAGCAAUCCCAGUCGGAGACUUCGGUUACGUCGGACAUGAGCACAACUAGUGCCGAGAGUGCCCUAGUUACUGGAUCGUUGUAUGAGGAAGCCGUCACUCAGAUGGUGAGCAUGGGGUUCCCACGGGAACAGGUACAGCGAGCCAUGAGAGCCAGCUUCAAUAACCCUGAUAGAGCUGUUGAAUAUUUAUUUAAUGGUAUUCCAGAAAUGCCUCGAGAGGAGCCUCCCCCAGCUGCAUCUCAGCCUACUGGCACGCCGGCAACGACUGGUGGAACACCUGCUGCAGGAGCACAGUCAGCAGGAACAGGAGAGACAACCCCACAGGCUCCCGCUCCCACCCAGCCUGCAACACAACCAGCCACUCAGCCUGCCGCUGGUGGUACGGGUACGACUAGUCCAGGAACACUGAGCGGGCCACCUCCUGGGGCCCGACUCUCUGGAGAGGAGACAUUAGCUUUCUUAAGAAAUCAACCCCAAUUUCAACAUAUGAGAACAUUAUUACAACAGAAUCCUGCUUUGUUACCUGAACUUUUACAACAGAUAGGAAGAUCUAAUCCAACACUCUUACAGAUGAUCAGUCAGAAUCAAGAGCAGUUUAUUGCCAUGUUAAAUGAGACUGGUGGAGAGAGUGGAGGGGGCGGAGGUGGUGCUCCUGGGGGUCGUUCACCUGGAGAGGGAGUCAUUCAUGUGACACAGGAAGAAAAAGAAGCCAUUGAUAGAUUAAAAGCCCUUGGAUUUCCCGAAGGAAUAUGUAUUCAAGCAUAUUUUGCAUGUGAAAAGAAUGAAGAAUUAGCUGCUAACUAUCUUUUAAGUCAUGGUUUUGAUGAUGAUGACAGUUGAAAGUUUUACAUAAAGUCCUUUUUUCUUAAGACGUUCAUUAAUUGGAUGGUAUAUUUCACUGUUGAAAUAAUUUAUUAUAUCUAAGACCAUGGCGAGUCUGUAUUCAAGUUUAAGUGAUAGUGAACUUCAUAAUGCUUCAGGACACUGUUUUCAGUUAUUAAGUUUUAAUUGCUGCAAAGCUCAUUUACCUACCUUUAAUACAAAACUGACAGGAAUUUCUGGAUAAAUUCAGGUACAUGUAUAUUCAUGUUCAACUAAAAAAAAAAAAAAGACAAUAUGGAAUAUGGAAAAAGUGUUUUGUUUUCUAAAGAAACAGAGAGAAAUUAGAUGAUAGUUUAGUCAUGCAUUAUUGACAUAAAAAAAGGAAAACAAGACUAUGGUGGUUAAAUAAGGAAAGCUAAACCAGAGAAUAAAGCUCUGUGAUGUGUUCUACAUUCAGCAUGUGUCGGCCUACAGAGUUCCAGCUACAAGAAAAAUCAGACUGUCGCUUCCAGACAUGGUGUACCACUGCUGACUUAACGUUUUUUCCGAGCAACAGCUAUAUUUUACUUGCUCUCUAUGAUAUUGUUGACAAAGAUCAUCAAGAUGUUAGCAUUUUGAAAUAUGGCAUUUUUUUGAUGGUUAUAUUUUCUAAAAAUUCUUUAAAUAGUUGGGCAACAUGAUUUAGGUGUGUAAGUGUAGUCCCAUUUUCCUGAUUUACAGUACUUUAAAAAAUGGUAAAGUGUUGGUGAACUUUAGGAGAGUCAAACAAAAAUUUGGCAUAUCUGUGAUGAAUAAAUGAUAAAUGUUCCUGCUGACUUCUGAAGACAAAAGGUAUCAACCUUUCAAUGAGUCUGGCCCAUACACAGACAGACAGUGAUGGACAGUUAAGGUUAGAGUGAUUUGGUUAUACCAGUUUGGAAGGCUGAUCUAUUACAUGACAUAAAACAUAAAUACACAUUAAACUUGUGUAGAUGUAUGUUUGUGAAUAAUAAUUUAUAAUUACUUCAGUUUUUAUAACAGAGUAGGCAGGACAUUCCUCCAGAUGAACAUUAAAAAUGUAAUAUACACUUUAACAAUGUAAACUAAAUAUCAGAAAGUCAUGAUUCAGUACAUCAUUUUUAAUCAGAUUAAAUAUUAUUUUAAAAAGCUUGCAUAUACAACAAUGAAAUAAAUCAUGUUAAGCUGGUAGAGUUAGUAAGUCAAACCGUUCAACUGGUAGGAGUAAGUGAACACAGAAAUGUUGUAUGCUGAUUAUGAUAACUUUCCUGAUCUCUGUUAAUUUUGUGUUGGACAUCAUGCUUAUAUAUUAGCUUAUUGGUGCAUGAAGUUUGGUUCAUUUGCAAUGUUUGGUGCACACAUUUUUAUGUGAAAAGUCUGCCGCAACGAUUAAAAAACACUUUCAGUCUCAGUCUGAGAGAAAAGAUUUUUUGCCGUUACAGUUUAUUUUGUAGAUGAAAUUUGAAACAACUUUGUUCAGUUUAUUAGAAUUAGCAGAUUUAGCUUAACAUAAAAAAUUGUUUCAGAUGACAAGUAUAAGUAUUAUUUUACAAGUUCUAACCUUUCAAGUAGAGCAAAUGAUUUGACAUAAAAUUCUUGUGUGUGUUUUUUUUUUUUUCAACGUUAUUAUUUGAAAUUGUUAAGCAAAUUUUUCCCUGCUUUUUCAGCAGCACCAAGUUCUUUUAAAUCCUAUACAUAUAGUAUGUACAAGAAGUUCUGUAAAAUGACUAAUACAUUUUUGUGUCCUUUGUGUAUGUGUAUAGUCACAUCCAUUUUAGAUGCAUAAUAUCAACUCUUUUACUUAGUCGUAAACAAAAAAUUAAAGUGAAAACAUACAUGAAAUGUAAUGUCUUCUUGUUCAGUUGUUGAUUAUUAGGUGAUAUAAAUACAAUAAAAACUUCAUUGUAAUGAUGGAAAAUUGUACAGAUUCUCCCAAGCCAUAUAUCACAUUACUGAUGUGUGUCAAAGUUUGAUGGUGAAAAUGUUACCAUUUUGUUCAAAAUGAAUGAUAAAGCAUUGUCAAUUAAAUAUAUAAAAUUCA